AUGCCACAUCUCGAGUAUUCCGAAGAUGAUACCACAGCUUCCACGAGCUCGCUCUCAAGACUCCCCACAAGUGCACCCUCGUCCCCGCCGCCAACGAGUCCGGACAAGAAGACCAUGGACAUGGACAAGCCUAAGAUGACUUAUACCAAGCUGCGGGAGGAACAGAUCCUUGCAGAAGAAGAGGAGAAGGCGCGCAUUGCAAACCUCAAGGCCGAGGAAAAGCGUAAGCGCAAAGUGUGGAGGAAACGCAUCUUGACGAAGGAGGAGAGAGAGGCCAAAGCUAAGGAUCUGGACCGUUUGUUGGCCCAGAGCGCCGCGUUCAGCAGUAUUCUCACGAAUAAGACCAAGGUGCUGGGCCGUGUGGGAACGAGUCUCGAUGGCAAGACGCUUGGAGAGCACGACCUGGUUAUGGCCAAGCAGCCCAAGUGCAUGGUCGGCGGCACCAUGCGCGACUACCAGCUCGAGGGCCUGACGUGGAUGUACGAGAUCUGCAUCCAGGGCAUGAGCGGCAUCCUGGCCGACGAGAUGGGACUGGGUAAAACGGUUCAAGCAAUUUCGUUGAUUGCCUUGCUUCGUGAACAAGAGAACUAUCUGGGACCUCACCUCAUCGUCGCCCCCCUGAGCACACUGUCCAACUGGCUGGAUGAGUUCCAUCACUGGGUGCCAUCCAUCCCAGUGGUUAUGUACCAUGGCACACCGCAGCAGCGCACAGAGAUUUUCAAGACCAAAAUUAUGCGCAACCUCAAGAACGGCCGGCCAACCGAACAGUUCCCGGUUGUCUGUACGAGCUAUGAGAUGGUCCUCAAGGAUCGUGCCUCGUUGUCCAAGAUUAACUGGGAGUUUAUCAUUAUCGACGAGGGCCACCGCAUGAAGAACUUUGACUCAAAGCUCUUCAGGGAAUUGAAGUCUUUUAGCUCAGCUACCCGCCUUUUGAUCACGGGGACGCCUUUACAGAAUAACCUCAAGGAACUCUGGUCGCUCCUGAACUUCCUUCUUCCCAAGAUCUUCCGCGACUGGGAGGCCUUUGAGAGCUGGUUUGACUUCAGCGACUUAGAGGAUGAAGAGGGCACCGAGGAGUUUAUUGCCGACAAGACCAAGCAGGAGCUCGUCAAGAAAAUGCACAUCGUGUUGCAACCUCUGCUUCUCCGAAGGGUCAAGGCUGAUGUCGCCAAGUACCUCCCAAAGAAGCGAGAGUACGUCUUGUAUGCCCCAAUGACAAAGGAGCAGACGGAUCUCUAUAAUGUCAUCAACGAUAAAAACAUCGACACAAGGGCAUACCUGGAAAACAAGGUAAUUGAGCGGCUGACCAGCGCCGCCGCCAACAGCAAGGCGAGCUCACCUAAACGCAGCACCCGCCAGUCAAGGGCUGGGAGUGUAAAGCAAGAGUCGGACAAUAAUAGUGAACCAACAUCGGAUACAGCCCACGACGCCCGCAGCUCUGCUAAGAAAGCCGAAGAAAUACCACCGGCCAAGAAUGCAUUUGCUCUCUUGAUGGGCAAGGCUCGCCACCAGAGCCAAACGGCCAAAGACGCCGCGUCUGCUUCCACAAAGAAAGCGGAUUCUUUGCCAUCACAAUCAAACAAGAACACCAUCAAGAGAAAGAUCCCACCAACAUCUGAGGAACCAGCCCGAAAGACUGCCAAGGCUAGCAAAGAAGCCACCCCAACAAGUGCUCGCGGUCGUCCAAGGAGAGGAAGACAUUCAUACAAAGAAGCUGAUUCCGAUGAGGAGUUGCUCGAUGGUGACGAGUUUGAGGAAAAGCUCGCUAAGGAGCUGACUCAUGGAGAAGAGACUGAGGAAGAGCAGACCGCAGAGGAUGAAGAGGAAAUUGAGCGGAUGCAAACGCUUGAGCUUGCCAAGCGUGAGAUUGCGAGCAAAAAGCUUGGAAAUCCUUUGCUCCAGCUUCGUUUGGUUUGCAACAGUCCUCACAACUUUUACAACCCAUGGUCUGUUGACAAUGGGCUCCCGGUUGAUGAAAGCAUCGUGACUGCAUCUGGAAAGAUGCUCCUUCUUGAUCGCCUUCUGCCUGAACUCUUCAAACGCGGGCACAAAGUGCUCAUCUUCUCCCAGUUCAAGACCCAGCUCGACAUUCUUCAAGACUACUGCACCGAGCUUCGGAAGUGGCCAGUGUGUCGUAUCGACGGUGGUGUGUCACAAGAAGAACGGCGUGCCCAGAUUCGUGAGUUCAACUCCAAUCCGGAUCUCAAGAUCUUUUUAUUGUCUACCCGGGCCGGUGGACAAGGAAUCAACUUGGCCAGCGCCGAUACUGUCAUUCUCUUCGACAGCGAUUGGAAUCCACAGCAAGAUUUGCAGGCUCAAGAUCGCGCCCAUCGGAUUGGGCAGACUCGCCCUGUCAUUGUCUACCGGUUCGCGACAAAGGGAACCGUCGAGGAGGAGCUUCUGAUGAGUGCCGAUGCCAAGCGCAGAUUGGAGAAGCUUGUCAUCAAGAAGGGCGGAUUCCGGACCAUGGGCCAGAAGAUUGACCUAAAAGAAGAACUGGACCGAGAGACACUGCGAACGUUGCUGCUCAAGGAUGGGCAAGUCUACAAGUUCUCAGGGGAUAAGGAGAUCUUGAGCGAUCACGAUCUUGAAGUGCUGUGUGAUAGGAGUGAUGAGGCAUACGAAAGAGCUGCCGCAGGGGCUGGCAAUGCUGAUGCUUACAAAGUCAUCGAGACGGGCGCUGAGGGGAUUGUCCAUGCCGGACAUGCCUGA